AUGUUUGCCGACACGGCUUCGUUAAUGGCAACCUCUCAAGGGCUCAACUUUGGAGUUCCAGCUUUGGACGAAUUCAAUCCACCAACUAUUUUUAACACUCCCGAGACAGAAUUAAGUGGGUUCAUAUUUUCAAGCGCAGAACUAGACUCAAUAUCACAUUCCCUACCCUCCGACCUCGACCAAGUGGCAAUGAACAUACAAGGCAGCCAACCUAGCUUCACAUCAAUGCUAGAAGAAGAUGCCGAUGAUGUCGAGAAUAUAAUAAGACAAUCAGACCCUGGCUUUCAGCUUUGGCCUGUCAAGGAUUCCCCUCCGCCCACCACACAGGUUGAUGUGUCACCCGAUCUCUCCAUGGCGACCAUGCUGUUUCAGGAGCCUGAGCCUGCUCCCGGUAGCGAAGAAUCACUUAUUGUUCGAUUUGACCGUUUGACUUGCGGUAUCCUAUCGGUGAAAGAUGGAGUAACGGAAAAUCCGUGGCGAAAUCUGAUCUGGCCCAUGGCAAGAGAGUCGUCCGCUCUAUAUCACGCUGUUAUAUCAAUGGCAGCUUUUCAUUCUUCCAAGGACAACCCGGCUUUACGGGUCUUUGGGAUGGAGCACAUGCGCCGUAGUAUCAACUUCAUGGUUCAAGGAAUGGGGCAAAUGCAGACCGAUGCUGCGUUGGCGACCACAUUAUCGCUGGCUUUUGCGGAGACAUGGGAUCAACAAACUUCGACUGGCAUCCAACAUCUUAAAGGCGCUAGGGCUCUCAUGCGGCAGACUUUGAGAACAAGAGCUCGGCGUCACCCACCUUCGAAUGAGUUGGGACGAAUUCGCUUUUUGUAUAAUACUUGGCUAUAUAUGGAUGUGAUUGCUCGAAUCACUUCUAUGGAUGAGACCGAAACCGAGGAACUAAGCGAUCCCCGUUUCGCAAUACCAGAAGAUGGGAUUCACGAUGUCGAUCCUCUGAUGGGUUGUGCUACUACCCUAUUCCCUCUCAUGGGUCAUGUAGCGAAUCUUGUGCAGCGGAUACGCAAAAGCGAUAAGAAUUCCUUCGCAAUCAUUUCCCAAGCUCGGGAGCUCAAAAAUGCGAUUGAUCGCUGGGUGCUCCCUAAUCAAUUCAACCCACCGGAAGAUCCUCAAUCCGAGCUCCAAGACAGUAUACAGACAGCGUAUGCAUACCGAUGGGCAAUUCUUCUUUAUCUCCACCAGGCAGUUCCCGAAGUUCCAUCGCCUUCUUCCUCCAUUCUCGCAAACAAUACCUUAAAGUUACUAGCUACAGUACCGCUUUCUUCGAGGACGAAUAUCCUACAUAUCUUCCCAUUGUUUGUAGCCAGCUGCGAGUUUGAGGAUGAAGAAGACCGGGAAUGGAUCAUGCAAAGAUGGGUGGCCAUGCAAAACCGACUACGCAUUGGCAAUAUUGACCGAUGUGUCGAAGUCAUACGCGAGGUCUGGAGGCGGAGGGACGUCGCCAAGGAAGAGCGUCUACGGCUGCGAUCACGUCCUGGGAGUCGGAAGGGAUCUAUGGUGGUUCAUGGGGACAAUCCGUCAAAGUUGGGCAAUGUGUAUGGAGCUUCAAUUGAUAGCAACCAAGCAUCAUUGGGAGGAUUAUACUCUACAAGCCCUACUCAUAAAAGACAAGGCUCAAUAGUGCCCAUUGUAGAAGAACUUGACUUUGAGCAGACGGUGCGAGGGAGUCACCACUGGGUUGGGGUAAUGAGAGAUUGGAACUGGGAAGGUAAAUACAACACAAAAACAGAUCAAUGA